UAUGCUUAUUCAGGUGAAAAUUAUUCCUGGUAUUUUCUUUUUCCCAAUAGUCACUUCCACCACAUGGAACCAAGGAACAAUACAAAAAUUUCAAAAUUUCUUCUUCUGGGACUUUCAGAGGAACUAGAACUGCAACCCCUCAUAUUUGGACUUUUCCUCUCCAUGUACCUGAUGACUGUGUUUGGAAACCUGCUCAUCAUCCUGGCUGUCAGCUCAGACUCCCACCUCCACACCCCCAUGUACUUCUUCCUCUCCAACCUGUCCUUUGUAGACAUCUGCUUCAUCUCCACCACCAUCCCAAAGAUGCUGUGGAACAUCCAGAUGCAGAGCCAAGUCAUAACCUAUGAAGGCUGCAUCACCCAGAUGUAUUUUUACAUUCUCUUUGCAGGAUUAGAUGACUUUCUCCUGGCUGUGAUGGCCUAUGAUCGGUACGUGGCCAUCUGCCACCCUUUGCACUACACAGUCGUCAUGAACAUCUGGUUCUGUGGAUGUCUGGUUCUGGUGUCCUGGGUAAUAAGUGCAAUGUACUCAUUGUUACACAGCUUAAUGGUGUUGCAUUUGUCCUUCUGCUCAGACUUGGAAAUACACCACUUUUUCUGUGAAACCAAACAGCUUGUCCAACUUGCCUGUUAUGACACUUUCCUCAAUAACACAGUGCUGUGUUUUGGAGCUGUGAUUAUGGGUGGUGGUCCCCUGACUGGUAUUAUUUACUCUUACUCGAAGAUAGUGUCCUCUAUCUGUGGAAUUUCAUCAGCCCAUGGAAAGUAUAGAGCAUUUUCAACCUGUGUAUCUCAUCUCUCCAUUGUCUCCUUAUUUUAUUUUUCUGGCUUAGGAGUGUACCUUAGCUCUGCUGCUACCCACAGUUCCCACUCAAGUGCAACAGGCUCGGUGAUGUACACUGUGGUCACACCCAUGCUGAACCCAUUUAUUUACAGUUUGAGAAAUAAAGACAUAAAGAGGGCUCUGAAAAGAUUCUUUGGGAUGGAAACUUUUAAAAAAGGGCCAUUUUCUCUUGGGCUGAAGAAAUAUCCAUGA